CUGAGUUCUGAAAUUAUUCUGCGAAAGAAUCAUGUACUGGCCUCAAGGGGCUCACGGGAAGGGAAAAUCCUCGAGUUCUGGGGCUCUCUUCGAUCCCUUCGUGACCAACUCGAGGCAAACGUGCCAGGAGCUGAAUUCGAGCACCCUGGCUAGGAAGACGGCCAAGAAUGCGGCCCUGUCCACUCGCUCCUUCCCGGGCCCCGGGCCCACGCUAGCUUCCAGAGGGAGCUUCCCUCCGCCGGAGCGCGACGCCCCCUCCGAGGGUCCGGGCUGCCGGCCCACCGCCCCCACUGGCGGCCCUGGCGUCCACAGCCCAAUUCAGAGCGCAGCUUGGAAAGCUGAGGGGUCUCCUUGGACCACUACCUCCAUGCCACGGAGUACUGUACGCUCGAUCUCACCCGCCCGCCCAACUCCCGCGCCCGCGAUCGCAUUCUACGCCCCGCUGUCGCCCGCGCGCGCGUCGCCCAGCCGCCUCCCCCCCACGGUCCCAGCCUGCCCCGCGCCGGCAAACGAGAGCAAAGCCAGUGACUCACCUCCGCCGCGCUAA